AUGACUUACUUAACUACGAUUCUCUGUCUUGCAUUUUCAGCUACGCUUAGCAGUGGAUUAGCCUUCUCACAAACUAAUGCAUCAGCGUUGAAAUCACUUGACCAAGUCAUCCCGCUACAGCCGAGUUCGAGUGGUGCCUGGAGAUUUACAGGCAGCAUUGACACAAACAAGGAGCUCUCGGAUGGAUUAGAGAGCGACUUCCUUCUUGAGAUAGAACAUGAUCUUGGUCAGAAGCCGCAGAGUAUCCUCGUCAGUCCAACUGCGCAAUACGUCAGCUUCACAGGAUCACUCGACGCUAUCAAAGUAGAGUGCCGCUGGUUGGCGAAUCGUCAGCGACUGACCUAUGGAGAAUCUUUGGAUGGCAUACAAGGAUUUGCCGAGUUUCUGGAUCUGAGAGGAUCACAUCUUGCAAAUGAGCUUGAAGCCAGCAUUUUCAGGAACGGCGUACGCGUUAUUUCCGUCCACAUUACGGACGAAUUUGGGGAAGAGGUGGAAUUUGCGACCUCUGGGGCGCUUGAUUUCAACGGGAAGAUCUAUCCAGAGAGACAGAUCACUGGUGGCGCGGCUGCAGUAAAUGAGUUAUUGCGCAGAGCAAAGGCUGAUGCUCAAAGCAAAUCAGGACGAGGUCUAGUUCCGGCUGACUGGGAACCAGCUUACCAGAGACAUAAUACAAAGCUAUGGUUUGUAGCUUGGCAUGGUGAAGACUUCACGUACGACGAUGUUGUAGAUUUUAUUGAUGCUGUGGUCGAUUAUUAUCGCGAGGAGAAGGUCUACGGUACGCUUCGUGGGUUCGGGGAGAAAGAGGACGGUGACGUGGCGUUUUCCAUUGGGCUCGAGAGCCAACCUCUUCAAUUAAAUGUGAAUGAGAGCCUGAUCGCUUUUUGA